CUGUUCCCCCCCCCCGCGGCGCCGCUGCGAGCAGACCGAGCUAAGAUGGCGGCGGUGGAACCGGAAACCACUCCUAACCCUCAGCCUUCAGAAGAGGAGAAAACUGAGCCAGCACCUACUCAGGAGGUUGCCAGCCCUGAACAGUAUAUUAAGCAUCCACUACAAAACAGAUGGGCACUCUGGUUUUUUAAAAAUGACAAGAGCAAAACUUGGCAAGCAAAUCUUCGUCUUAUCUCCAAGUUUGAUACUGUUGAAGAUUUUUGGGCUUUAUACAACCAUAUCCAGCUCUCUAGUAAUUUAAUGCCUGGUUGUGACUACUCACUCUUUAAGGAUGGGAUUGAACCCAUGUGGGAAGAUGAAAAAAACAAGAGAGGAGGACGAUGGCUAAUUACACUAAACAAACAGCAGAGAAGAAGUGACCUUGAUCGCUUCUGGCUAGAGACACUGCUGUGCCUUAUUGGGGAGUCGUUUGAUGACUACAGUGAUGAUGUAUGUGGUGCUGUUGUUAAUGUUAGAACUAAGGGUGAUAAAAUAGCAAUAUGGACGACUGAAUGUGAAAACAGGGAUGCUGUUACGCAUAUAGGGAGAGUAUACAAGGAAAGAUUAGGACUUCCUCCAAAGAUAGUGAUUGGUUAUCAGUCCCAUGCAGACACAGCUACUAAGAGCGGCUCCACCACUAAAAAUAGGUUUGUUGUUUAAGAAGACACCUUCUGAGUAUUCUUUCAUAGGAGACUGCGUCAAGCAAUCGAGAUUUGGGAGCUGAACCAAAGCCUCUUCAAAAGCAGAGUGGACUACAUUUGAAUUUUAUUUCCAUCUAAGUGUAGCUAAGAUUUGUGAGAAGUCUCAUUUGCCUUUGUCUUGUACCUCUUUGUUCAAAUUUUUUUCUAUUUGACUGAAGUAACCAUUACCAAUCAGAAUUUUAGUACACUUCACCCCCUGAAUCCAUCAAUGUUUUCCUGACCCACUCUGUAAUAGCUUGGUAGAAAUAUUACUAUUACGAAAAAAAUUGUUUAUCCACAGUAUUCAGAAAAGAAGUUGUAUUUCUGUACCUGCAGGAGAUUACUCUGUUUUACAUUUGCAUUGUAUACAGUAACAUUUUGCUGGUUUGGAAAAGAGUAUGGUGCAUACAGUUUUCUAGCAAUUUUUUUAUACAGCAUCAUCUUUGCUGUAACCUAUGCUGAUGGCUGCUAGAUUAAUUUAUUUGUUUUCCCUAUUUCAUAACAUUAGUGAUAUUUUGAUUUCAGUUGUCUUUGCUCAUGUAACAUUUGGUGAAGAAUCUGGGAAUAUGACAAAGGUGGAAUAAACAUUAAUUUUGUGCAUUCUUCAGAAAUUUUUUGGGUUUUUUGUAAUAUCAAAGCUUUGCUAAAAAUUUAUGCAUUUCAGUCAAGUCAGUGAUCUGUUUGUGUGAUUUCCUAAACAUAACUGUGGAUUUUUAAUGUAACACCAUAAUUUACAUUCCUUACUAGAAAUAGUAUGUCUGUUUUUGUAUCUUAUGCUGUAUUUUAACACUUUGUAUUACUUAGGUUAUUUUGCUUUGGUUAAAAUGGCUCAAGUAGAAAAGCGGUCCCAUUCAUACUAAGACAGUGUACAAAACUGUAAAUAAAAUGUGUACAGUGAAUUGUCUUUUA